GAUAUAGGGCACUGAUAAUAUUUUCUCGAGUAAUUAGAUAAUAGAUACAAAUAAAGUAACCUUUUGAUACAAAGAGCAAAGUCUGUCCUAAACAAUAAAAUGAGAGAAAAUGCUUUGAUUAACCCAAUGUGGCGAAAUGAAAUUUGCAAUUAAAUGAAAACAGUGAACUAAGCUAGUGGGAGAGGAAGAAGACGUGCCGUUCUGCCCAGAGCCGCCGCGCGAAGGAUCGUCGCCGUCACUCUGUGUCGCCGUCAAGCCCAGCCACCAUCGCCACUGUUCGUGCCUCUGUUUUGCAUCGCUGUGACUCUCGUCGCCGUCAGAUCUGUCGCCGUCGCCUGCACGCCGUCGCCGGGAGUGAAACAGAAUGCGCGUGGAGAGAUAAGGGGUCGCUAGGUGGUUCCGCCAUCAUUGGAAUUUGCAGAAUUUGCGGUUGAGAAAUUUGCGGCAUUUUUGCGAUAGGGUUGAGUUUUCCAGGUUGCAUGCAACGAUUAGAGUUGCUGUGGUUGUCGUGGGAGUGGAAUGAAGCUGUGGUGGUUGCAGCUGCCGCAGUUGCGGGCCAAGGAAAAGGAUUUUUGACCAGCUGUAUAGCUGUUGGGACGAUUUCAACUAGUUACGCCACUUAUGUGAUAACAAAAGAAAACCUUUCUUCCACCAAAGAUACUAAAGCACACGGUGAACAAAGCAAACGAGGAAUCGAGCAUGGAAAAGAAGAAUCAGAAUGACAAGAGCAAGAGUAUUCACGACAUCCUCCCUCUUGACCUGAUUCACAUAAUCCUUUUGCGGGUGCCGAUCAGACAUCUCGCUCGCCUCAGGUGUGUUUCCAAGCUCUGGUGCUCUCUCAUUUCUGAUCCUGACUUUGUGGAAUUGCAUUUUCACCACUCUCCGGCUGCCACCAACGCAUGCUUUUUCAUGAAAACCGACAUUGUGGCUGACUUGGUUUACAUAGACGACAAUGAUGCAUCACAAAAAGAGGUGUGUCCCCCUUUCCAGAAGAAACCACCUUCUUAUUUUGUGGUCGUGGGAUCCUGCAGAGGCUUUAUUCUCUUACAUCGACACCCACAUUUUCUUGUGGUAUGGAACCCACUCACUGGAUCCAGCAAAAGAAUAUCCUACUCUCAUAUUGUUCAUCGUAGUAAACCCCCUGGCUAUGGCAGGAUUGCCUACCGUGUGUAUCUGCAUGGAUUUGGUUAUGAUGCAUCACAGGAUGAUUACUUACUUCUUGUAGCUUGGAGCGAUUGCAAAGGACAAUAUCAUUUGUAUUGCUUUUCCUUGAGAACCAAUUCAUGGAUUAAUAUUGAUGCUGCAGUCCCCAAUCGCUUGGGUUUUCUUUGCUGGCAUUCUGGUGGGUUGUUCUUUAAUGGCGCUGUUCAUUGGGUGCCUUUCGAUCUUAGAGAUUACAGGGAUGCUAUUAUUAUCUUUGAUCUCAUGGAAAUGACUUUUUCAACUAUAUCUGCGCCGGAACAACUGUCAAGCUCCUAUACAAGUCUUGCCCUACUCGGAGGCUGCCUAUCCUUGUAUUCUUGCAAGGAUGAUUGCUAUAACACUGACAUAUGGGUGAUGAAAGAAUAUAAAGUGCACUCAUCUUGGACUCUCUAUCAGAUUCCUUGCAAGUACUUCCGGCCUCUGUGCUUAUCUAGUAAUAAGGAUAUUAUUGGAAGAGGUUAUACUUCAUGUGGUAAAACAGGGUACUUCAUAUAUAAUGUGAGAGGAGACCUGCUCAAGCAUUUUAAAGAUCUGUGUUGUCAGCAUCCCAGACGUAAACCCAUUAUUGUGUAUACAGAGAGUCUCUUGCCACUCCCUAGUGACAUUAAGGAUAAGGAUAACAAGAACAAGAUGAAGAAGGAAAUCCGCCAUCAAGUUGACCAUGAAUAUUUUGAACAACCUGAUGUUGCUAAAGGUUAGCAUCAAACAAAGAAAGAGAAUUAGGAGCCAACAUACAAGUGAAGAGCUUGACACAUGGGGAAAAAUAAGAUUUGAAAAGUGCAAAUGAAGUUUAGUUGGUUAUGCAAAACUUUAGAUGUUUUAUUUCUUAGUUGGUUAUGUAAAACUUUAGAUGCUUUAUUUUGCAGAUUGCAUAAUGUACUUUUCUUUUAUCAUGUCAAAACCUUAUGAAUCCAAUCCUAGAAGUUUUAAUUGUAGAUUCGUUUGGGGAUAAUAUGUUUCUCCUGCAAACUUGAGAUCCUAGGUGUGGAGUCUAGUGAAUUUGUCAAAUGAAUCUCUUGGAAAAUUUCUGCUUAUCUCUGUUUUAUCGAGCAAUAUAUGCUUAUUUUA